AUGGUUUGCUUCAAUAAAUUCCUAUAUUUUCUCUUCAUCAACUUUAACUCGCCUUUCAGAACGUGCAUCUUUGAUAUCGAAAUUAAAAAUAUUGUAGAGAGCCAUGGUUACCCUUUUGAAGAGUAUAAAGAUAUUCAAACGCCAGACGGCUAUCUCCUGACUUUACAUCGUAUUCCAUACGGAAAGAACGUUUCUGAUAAAACUGUUGUCAGACCACCUGUGUUUUUGAUGCACGGAAUAUUAUGUUCUUCCAUUAAUUUUGUAUUCGCUGGACCGAAUAUCAGUAUCUCUUACCAAUUGGCUGAUCGUGGAUACGAUGUUUGGUUGGGUAAUUCUCGAAGCACAUCGUACUCAAAGAAACACAUUCUCUACGACGUUAAAUCCUUUGAGUUUUGGAACUUCUCAAUGGACGAACUAGGAGUGAAUGAUUUGGGCACAUCAAUUGAGUUUGUUUUAAAGCAAACUAACUGCAAGAAACUCACUUACAUUGGCCACUCACACGGAAACACAAUAUUAGCGAUCUUGAUUAACGAGCAACCAAAAUUCAAUGAUCAAAUUAAAUUAUACAUAGCUUUGGCACCUUCUUUAUCUUACAGCACAUAUUACCAUCCUUGGCUAACGAGAUUAUCAUACUUAAUUCCGGUCUUUAAGCAAUUGGGUUUGUACGAGUUUCCACCGAUGCUCAAUUACGUAAAUAAUAUAGUGGCAUUAAUUUGCGAUAAUAAUAAUAACAUUACGAAUACAUUAUGCAUAUUGCUUAUGGAAAUAGCAGUUGGACCCGAGAAGUACAUAAAUAAAACUGCUUCCAGACCAUUUUUCGAACGGUUAUUGGAGGGAAUAGGUUAUAAAAAUUUCGAGCAUAUAUUACAAGUAUAUUACUCUGGUGGAAAAUUAAGGAAGUUCGAUUUUGGUGUAUACGAGAACUUUCGAAUAUACGGAAAUGCUAUACCACCUGAUUAUGAAAUAAAUAAAAUUCACAUACCAACAGCUAUUUAUUACACCAGUCACGAUUGGUUUAAUUCAAGAGAAGAUGUUGAAAUAGCCUUAAAAGAAGUACCUAAUGUAGUUGAUGAUUAUUUAGUAACGAAUGAUGUCUUCAAUCAUUUAGAUUUUCUUUGGGCAAGAAACAUCAAAGAUUUACUCUGCAGUAGAGUAAUUAGUCUUAUAGACUCAUAUAAUAAAAUUGUUUGA